CGUCGCCAGCUCACCCACCCUCUACCCAUCCCACCAACUGUUCCCCCCCCGCAAUGCCACCCGCGCGUCUCCCCCAACUAACUCUCAAGACGCUGCCCGCUCUCGCCGCAAUCGCACCCCUCCGACCCUCGCUCCCGAAAUCAAAAACGCACCAGCUGAGAGCUAUGGCGUCCGCUGCGCCAGUGAAGUGUGAUUGGCUGGUUAUUGUGCCUGAUCAGCCGGGGAAGCUGGAGGCGAGGAUGGCGGUUAGGAGUGAUCAUUUGAAGAAUGUUAUGCCGAAGGUUGAGGAGGGGCUUUGGAAGGUGGGGGGUGCUACUCUCGAUGAGCCGCCAAAGGAGGGAGAGGCGUUGAAGAUCAACGGCUCCUGUUUCAUCGCUCAUGCAACGACGAAAGAAGAGGUAAUGGUGGAGCUCAAGAACGAUGUCUACGCCAAGGGAGAGGUGUGGGAUUUUGAAAAGAUUCAAAUUAUGCCAUUCAAGGCAGCUUUCAUCAAGCCAUAGAACUGAGAUCCGAGAUGGAUGGGUGGUGGAUAUGAAGGCCAAGGCGACAGGGGUGGAAUUGUUGGUCCUAUUAGACUUCAGGGCAGAAAAUACCUUGGAAAAGCUUGAAACUACUUCAUGUGUUAUGGAUCUCUGAUAACUUUGAUCAUUUGUGAUAUUUCAGUGCCAGUUAAAGCUUUGUCUAUUAUUUCACCAUAUUCAUCUUUAAAUCGCCAUGUUAUAUUGCAGAACAGUUGUAGUUUUAACUUUCAAAUUUUGGAACAAAUGAUUCCACUUUAUACCAACAUCCUAUAAUCUACAUAUACGGAGCGUAGCGCUCCAAGAGCAAAC